GGUAGGGAAAAAAAAAAAAUGACAAUUUGUAUGGCUACUAAUCAGUGUAACAAUAUCGUCACUUAGAGGUAGCUUUUCUCGCAGGGGGCGCCGACUCCUCAUGCUUAUUUGUGCACGAAAUUAGGGGCACACAGAAAGUUGGGCCGGGACCACCGGGGGCAGAGCAGCGUAUCUGGAGAGGGGUAGAAGCAAAAAGAAACGGGCAUUUUCUUUCCUUUUCUUUCACUCUCUAUUUUUUUACUUCCCCCUGCAUGUUCACAUUUUUUGCAAAAUCUACAUGGUGUGAAGAUGCACAACCGGGGCGCGGCUUACGCGGGGGCUAAACCGUUACGUGGGAGUAGCCAUUCUUCAGAGUGGCCCUUUGCCGUGGGGGAUAACCCGUUGUGUGGAUAGCGACAUGAGAGAGGCAUUAUGUUUCCUUUUUUUUCCAUUCAUUUGUGGAGUUCAUUUUCUCGUUUUUUUGGCCCCCCCGAGUGGAGUCACUUCUGCCUGACCGCCGUCCAUUUCAACACUUCUACCAUCACCUGGCAGAAUGGCACAGUGGCCUAGCUAGAAAAAGGUAAGCUAGCAGAAUGAUCGACCUCUGCUGCAAGCUCCUAUAUAAAGGGAAAUUCAUCCCCGUGGGAAGGAGGAUAUUCAGGGAAAAACUGAUAAGCGGGAGGAAACAGAAAUCCCCCAUCAUUUUGCUGCCGCCGUACAUAUCCGUACACGAGCUUAGGCUAAUGCUCAACAUUAACUACGAGACGUGUUUUAAAGCGGCAAAUGUGUAUAAGAGUGGGAACACUUACAGGUGGAAGGACUCGGAAGAUAGGACCUUCCAAAGUGUAAACAAAAGGAACGUAAUUAUCCCCUACAGCACUGCUGCAUACGUGAGUAAAAUUUUUAAGUUUAAGCCGAGGCUCAUCCAGGUGGAAUUGUUUUGCGAAGAGGAGGAGAAGAGCAGCGGGGCGCUGCAGGAUGUGUACAGGAGGGUCUACAUGGCGGAGGAGUACCACGCGAGUGUUUUGAGGCUCCGAGGGGCGUCCACAAAUGGUGCAAACGGUGCAAGUGUUGCGCCCCCCGAGACCGCUCCCCCUGUGCUGGCCAACCCAAAUGAACCUCGCAGCGAGAGCAGCUCGGAUGACCCCCCGAGUUUACCCCCCAACGAGGGAAGAACCCCAGUGGACGAUAAAAAGAAAAACUACUACACUGUCGUGUCCGUGAUAGGCCACAUCAACCAUGGGAAAACCACCAUGCUGGAUAAGAUGACGAAGAACAACUUGGCGUUAAGUGAAGCAGGCUGCAUCACGCAAAAUAUAAAACCUAUACAUUUUGAAGAGGGCCCUUUUAAGUUCACCUUUGUAGACACCCCAGGGCAUAAGGUUUUUCAAAUCUUCAGAGGAAGGGCAGCUUUCCUCUCGGACAUACUAAUCAUAUUAAUUUCUUUAGAAGUAGGAGCGGAAAUACAAACGGAGGAAGCAAUUAAGUACGCAGAUAAAUUUGGCAUCCCAGUCGUCUUUGUUCUUAACAAGGCAGAUCUGUAUGGAGAAAAUGAGUCCGUAGUAAAAGCAGAGUUAAGGAAGCAAUGCACAAAUAUGUAUGAUGAAGGAAAUUUAAAACAUAAUUUUUCCAAAGAAAUUGAAAACGCGAUUGCUAUAUCUUCACUGACGGGGUACAAUUUGGACAAGCUAAUCAACAGACUGUUUUUUAUUUCGCAUUAUAUUGAUUUGCCCUAUCACAGUGUGAAUAGGUUCUACAACAAUUGUGAGGCCAUACGGGAUGCCGCCUUAGGUGUUGGGAAUUCCCCCGGGGGGGGCAUCUCAUUUGAUAGCCCCGCUGGGGGUAAUCCAGCUAAUGGAAACCCCCCUAAUGGUAACCCCGCUGAGGGCACCCCCGCUGAGGAGAAAACGCACACAAGCAGGCACCACGCAGAGAAGGCAAAGGAAAGGAGAAAAUCAGAUCUGAACCUCCUGCAAAAGUAUAUCAGAAAAUCGGACUGCCUACUUGCCAUCGAUAAAAACCCAGUGGGCAUGGGCAUGGUGGUAGACAUAAGCAAGGACUCCAGCAAGGGGACCAUUCUGCAUGUCAUUGUCCGAAACGGGUUCUUCAUCGAAGGAAGCUAUUUUAUAUGCGGUUCUGCUUAUGGGAAAAUUCAAAAAAUGUAUAAAUUCAAUAGCAACUUUAAGGAGAGCUGCAGCUAUGCCGCCAUAGGGAUGGCUGUACUAAUCAGUGGAAUUAAGAAGCAUGGAAACGCAACAACGGAUGAUUUGAUUUUUACCCUCCCACAGAGUAACGCCUUUAGGCUAUGUCAGUACAGACUCAUGGUCGAAAAGUUAAGCACUCUACAGGUAAGUGGGAAAGAAAUCAAAGUCUCCUGGGAAAAUGACAUGAAGAAAAAUGAAUUCCACGCGGAGGAUAUUUAUCAAAAUAGACUCGCAAUGUCGGAUAAGAGGAAAGCCAUUGAAGAGUUCGGCAUAGAAAAGGAAAACAUAUUCGAAGAGGUAUCUGAGCAGGAGUUUCACAAAAGUAACACGCAAAGGAAGAAGGAGGAGGAAGACGAAUCUGUAGUGAUCCAAUUGGAGGAAGAAAACAAAUAUGAGGACCUAGCCAGGGUUAAGAAAGAAAAAAUGCAAUACAUCCUCUCGCAGGGUGAUUCAAAUGAAAGCAUUUUAGUACCUGAAGAGAACACCUUUUCCUUUUUUGAAAGCCCCAAAGGGGGUGAACAGCUCGAUGCGUUGGUCAAUUCCCACAAGGGAGGAGUCAAACCCCAAAAGAAGGAACAGCCAAACAGCCCAAUCAGUGCAACGAAUAUAAAUCCCGUGACACACAACCAACAUGAUGCAGCAAAUGACAUCUCGAACGAAACAAAUAAUCCCACUCCAAGAAGAAGCUAUAACACGGAAAGUGCUACACUGUAUGAGUACGCAGGGGGAAAAAAACAGAAGGACGCACAGGAGAAAGGAAAGACACCCUCCGUUUUGGGAACCCCCCCCCUUGGUAGAGGAAGGAAGAACAGACACGCCCAACAUUCCAGCGCAACGGAUGGGCAUUCUUCUGAAGAAGCGGCGAAUAAUCAUAACGAACCGCACACCGAUGGGAGGAAGCUGAACGACCCGUGGUACUACGAAGAAAGCGAAGAGACGUGGGCGAAAAAAGUCCUCCAAAGAAACGAUGAACUUAUGGAAUCCUGGAGAAACAAAACGAGGCAAAGGGAAAUCGAAAAGGAGAGACAAAUUUUUUACGAAAAACAAAUGAUUUUGAAAAAUGAAAUUUUGAGGAGAAAACUCUUGGGCGAAGAAAAACUAACUGAAGAGGAGAUUAACGCAUAUCUCUAUGAUGAAGAAAAAAGCAACGGAAAUAAUUCCCAAGAAUCAAGUACCGCUGAGCCUGUAGAAUUGCCCCCAAAGAAUUGCCCAGUUAUACCCAUCAUAAUCAGAACCAACUACGUUGGAAUGUUCGACAUAUUUCUAGACGAAUUUGAAAAUCUCCAAAAAAUGCACAACGUUAAAAUAUCCGUUGUUCACGGAGGAAUAGGUCCCAUCACUCCAAACGACGUUGUGCAUGCGGAAGUGGAAAGUAAUUUUGGCUACUGUUGCAUUUACGCUUUUCAAGUUAAAGUUUUGCCUGACUCGGUAAAGCAAUCAGUGCUCUCCAACAUUGUAAUAAAACAAUUCGACGUUUUCACAGACCUAAUAGAUGACGUUGUGAAUAGAAUUAAAAAUAUUAAGGCACUAAUUGCACAUAAUAUGUAUGUGCGAAGUCUCAAAAAUGAAAGAACACAGGAAGGGGUGUAA